CACCCCACAAGAGAGAGAGAGAGCCAUCGCGAAACGGCGAAAGCACACGAGACGCGACGGCUACACGUUACCCUCCCCUCCCCUCGCCGCGACGCCCAACCCCUCACGCUUCCGCAUCUCCUCCCCCCGGCCCGCGACCGCCGGCUGCUCGAUCCCCCCCUGCCUGCCUCGGGAGGGGGGCGGUUGGGAUUGGCGGAUGGUGGCGAACCAGGAGGGGGCGGUGGAAGAACCGGCGCCCGCGGCGGGGGCGGUUGACCCGAUGCGGCUGGCGUCGCGGUGGCGGUCGCCGGCGGAGUGGGAGGCCGCGGCGGCCGAGCUGGAGGCGGAGCCCGCGCCGUCCGAGCUCAACACCACCAACAGCUCGGGCCUCUUCGCCGUCGUGUCCACCGACCGGAUGUCCGUCAGGUACCUCGGCGUCAACCAGCACGGCCACGACGUCGGCGUCGUGCAGGCCAACCGCCCCGCCCCCACGCGCCGCGCCGUCUACUACUUCGAGAUGGGCGUCAAGAACGCCGGGCAGAAGGGACAGACCUCCAUCGGCUUCACCACCGAGAAUUUCAAGAUGCGCCGCCAACCUGGCUGGGAGUCUAACAGCUUGGGAUAUCAUGGCGACGAUGGCCUUCUUUACCGUGGGGGGAAAAGUGAGUCAUUUGGUCCCAAAUUCACUUCUGGUGAUACAGUUGGUGCCGGCAUCAACUAUUUUUCACAAGAAUUGUUCUUCACAAAAAAUGGAUCUUUGGUUGGAUCUGUUCAAAAAGAAAUUAAAGGCCCACUAUAUCCUACCAUUGCAGUUCAUAGUCAGGAUGAAGAGGCGACAGUAAACUUUGGAAAAGAACCGUUCUGUUUUGACAUCGAGGGUUAUAUUUUUAAAGAGAAAAUGAAGCAACAAUCUGUCAGUGACAAAUUGUUCUUGCAAACGGACAUCAGUCAUUGGAUUGUUCGUUCAUAUCUCCUACAUUACGGCUACCAAGAUACUUUAAAUUCUUUUGAUAUGGCAAGUGAAACUGAUCCUCCAUCCAAUCAUCAAAAUGGUUAUGGGGAACCUCCAGAAAUGUAUGGUCUUAGCCACAGAAAAUUGCUGCGUCAGCUUAUCAUGAAUGGAGAUAUUGAUUCUGCAUUCAAAAGGCUUGGAGAAUGGUAUCCACAGGUGAUAAAGGAUGAAACGUCAGUUAUUUGCUUCUUACUCCAUUCUCAAAGAUUCAUUGAAUUUAUCAGGGCUGGACAGCUGGAGGACGCUGUAAAAUAUGCUCGUUCUAACCUGGCCAACUUCUUGACGCACAAAGCUUUUGAUGGGUUGCUAAAGGAGAGCGUCACCCUGCUUGCAUAUGAGAAGCCUGCUGAAUCGUGCAUCGGAUAUCUGCUAGACUCUCCACAGCGGGAAUUUGUUGCUGAUGCAGUGAAUGCAGCUGUCCUGUCAACUAACCCGAGCAUGAAGGACCCUGAGAGUUGCCUUUAUUCAUGUCUUGAGAAGCUACUGAGACAGCUCACAGUAUGCAGCUUCGAGCGACGCGCUUUCAACGGUGACCAAGGGGAUGCAUUCUUACUACAUAAAGAAGUGCAAACCUGUGAUAGAUCCAGGUGUUCCUAGGCAUCAAACUAUUCAAGUUGCACCUUAAUCUGAGUGGUGAACUCAGAGACGAGACUCUGACGCUCUUCGAAGGAAAGGAGUUCACCUCGGAGUGGAGAAGUAGACCGUGAGCCGUGAUCAAACACAAAGUACUUGAUUUUAAGCUCCGGAUAUACUCUCCACGAGGUGAAUGCCGAACUGCGCCAUGUGACUGUCGCCGAGACAUUUGGCAGGCAGCAGCUCCUUUCCUUCCCUGUAAUCUGAAAACUUACAUCCACACAUGGCCUGGACAUGUCCUUUUCCUCCAUAACAUUGGAAGCUUUGUGCUGGUAGACAUUCUGAAUGUGAAGUGAAAAAGAAAAAAAACAAUAAGAUGUGUAAAUGAAACUGAAAUGCCCUUAACCUUGUGGAUUCUUUCUGAUUCAAGGAUACGUUCAUUUGCAAUC